AUGGAUAUGUCUGCAUUUUUAACAGCCACCGUUGAUAUCGGCAAUAAUUUAGCAACUAAUUCUACCGAAACUCAACCUAGUAAACGAAGGCGACUAACACAAGCAUGUGAUGCGUGUCGAAAGAAAAAAGUAAAGUGUAGUGGUGAUAAACCUACUUGUAAUAACUGUAUGCGCCUUGGAGCAACAUGUACAUACCUUCCUAGUACACGUAAAAGGGGUCCAAGGGUUGGUCUCGUGGAAAGUUUGGAGAAACGUCUUCAACAGAUGGAAAAACUUUUACAACCUCUUAAAGAACAAGGAAUUGUUGAUGACGUAGAGGAUAAAAAAUCUGUCAAAAAACCACGGUUAAAUAUAGAUAAUGUUGAACCGAAAUCUGAAUUCUCCGUAAAUAAUAAUUAUACAUCCAAUAAUACAUCUAAUACAUCUCAUAAUACCGAUGAUCAGCAAUCACAAUCACAAUUUGGUCAGGCGGCAUUUAUUAAUAUUUUCUCCCAACAAUCACAAAUUCAACAAACUAUACAAGAACAAAUUUAUAAUGAAGAUAAGUCAGGAAAUACUUCAAAUGAGGACGAUGUAUCUGAAGAACUUAUAUUCUUUGGAAAAUCAGCCGCAAAACCAGGGUUUCGUAAUAGGAAUGAAUUGUUCAUCCAUUGUAAUCAAGAUUUGCCGAUGAUAUGCGAUUCUUCGGAACAUAAUGAGCAUUCACCUUCGUCCGAAUCUUCUAAUUCAAAGGAUAUCGAUUCAAUAAUUCCUUCGGUAAAUUCUGUCAUUCGUAGUAGAAAUGGGUUACCGCCGGUAGAUAUCGUCGAGCAUCUUGCCGCUUGUUUCUUUCGUAAUAUAGAUAUUCAAAUGCCAAUGUUUCAUGAAGCUACUUUUAUGAGACAUUUAAGGCAGAAUAAAGUUGGACCAUUUCUAGUAUUCGCAAUUUGUGCCGUAAGUGCCAGAUUUUCUAAAAAUCCAUCUAUCAUUCGGAAACCUCCUUACCUUUCCGGCGAACCUUUUGCUGCCAUCGCAAAUGAUUAUAUGUUUGAUACAUUCGAUUGUCCUUCCGUUGAACACGUUCAGGGUUUGGUAUUGCUUUCGGUACAUAUGUACGGUAUUGGCAACGGAUCUAGAGCAUGGAUGUAUAGUGGAAUGGCAGUAAGAUUGGCACAAGAGUUGGGUCUUCAUAAAGUUGACGAAGAAACUUCAGAAUCUAAUUCUUCGAAAUCAAGUCCUGAAUAUACGUUCAUUCAAAAAGAGAUUAAAAGACGUACAUUUUGGUCAUGUUUCUUACUUGAUAGAUUUUCAGCUUGUGCACUUGGUCGACCAACAUUAAUCGAUGAGGAUGAUUGUGAUGUGAAAUUACCUUGCAGCGAGUCAGUUUGGAAUAUAGAACAUCCUCUCGAAAAUCCAUCAAUUGAUGAGUUUCUCAAAGUUGGACAAAUUAAGCACGAUGUUCGUUUAACUCUUGCAAACUUUGGAAUUAGUGCAUGUCUUGUUAGCGUUACGGCCUUGCUUGGCCGUGUAUGUCAACACGUGAAUAGAUCUAAACCAUAUAAUGCAUUACCAACUUGGGAUCCAAAUUCUCAAUUUACUGUUUUAGAAAAAGAAUUAGAAGAUUGGUACUCCUCAUUAACACCUCAUUAUACUUAUACCAGAGAGAAAAUGCUUCAAUUAAUGGCAGAUGGGUUAGGUCCAGCAUUUGCUUCGAUUCAUUUACUUUAUUAUUCAGCGAUAGUUGUAUUGAAUCGGCCAAAUAUUGCCCCUCUUCAAAAUGAAGAAGUUGCGUCUUGCCACUUAGAAUUUAUGCGGGCGUCAGCAGAGAGGUGUAGCGCGGCGGCAAAGUUUGUUUCUUCCAUAGCAGCGGAUAUUAGCGAACACGGGUGUCAAUUUAUGUGCCCAUUUAUUUUAUAUCCUAUAUUUGCCACCACAACUAUUCAUUUCAAUGACAUUUAUAGUUCAGAUGUUAGAAUCGCAGAAGAAGCUAAAAUGAAUUUAUCCAUCAAUGAAAAUUUCUUGCGAUUAAUGGGUCCUUAUUGGGCAAUGUCUUCCAAGUUAUAUUGUAUUGUCAAGGAAAUUAGGAAGGCUCAAUCCGCUCAAUCCGAUCAUCAGAAAUGCAAAGAAUUAACAAAAAACGUGUUCUUUUUUAAGAGAAAAGGUUCAGAACAAGGAAUUCCUGUUAUGGAUCCAGAUGUAGGACCUAAAAAAUAUUGGAAUCGCGUUGAUGAAACUAAUCUUGAUAAUAUAUCUUCUAUUAUUUUACCCGAACAAUUAUCAAUACCAUCACGUAUGUAUAAUGAUGCAACAUUUAUGGGGGGAGAUUAUUUGUCAAAUUUCCUUCGUUCUCCCGAUCCACUUUCACCAAGAGCUUUACGUUUAAGAAAAGACGACGAUAAUUCAGAUCAAAAUGAUAAUUAUCUCGAAUUUAAUUACCUACCGCAAGAUUUAAAUUUUAAUAAUGUUCAAGCACCACCUGCAUUUGUUUAUGAUGGAUAUCCAAUGAUUGAAUUUCCAUUGGACUGGCUUCCGGCGGAAGAUAGAGUAGUUCCAUUAAAUCGUCCCGCUAAACAUUGGACCGAUAUUAAUGGAAAUAUUAUAAAUCCAGUAAUUGAAGAUACCCCAAAUGGUUCUUUUAUUACAUCAGCUACAACGUCAACGGGUGAUAUUAAUAUGAAUCCACUUCUUAUAUAA